AUGCAUAAUGAUCUGAUGUUAUUCUAUUCUUUAUUUUUCUUAUCUAUAAUAAUAAGAAUUAUAUGUGGACAACAAACAAUAAUUUAUGUUAAACGUGGUGAUAUAGCUGAAUUAUGUGACAAUCGUUCAACAUUAAUAUAUGCUUAUGAAUAUCGAAGUUUUGAUGGUAAAAAAAGUUUUAUUGUUGAACCAUCCAAAGAUGAUCGAUAUUCAAAUCCAUAUCGUACAAGUUUACUACGAAUAAAUAAUGCUAAUGAAGAUGAUAGUGGAUUAUAUAAAUGUCCACAAGAUGAUAUUGAAUGGCAAAAACUUCAAGUUUAUAUUCCCAUUCAACAUAUGUAUUUAAAUAAUCUUCAUGCAUCAUCUCGAAUUUAUAAUAAUGAUUUAUGUGGAAUUAAUAAUAAAAAUUGUUUAGUUAUGGUUGAAGGUGAACCAUUAGAUAUUGUUUGUGCUGCUGAUGGUUAUCCACGCCCAGCACUUGAUGUAUUAUUAGAUAAAAAUGGUACAACACCAACAAUAAUGGCAUUAGCAAGUGGCAUACAACCACCAACAUUUAUUGAUAAUCAAUUUAAACCAAGUGUUUAUGAAGCGUAUCGAAUACCUAGUUUAACAUCCUAUGAUAAUGGACGAAAUUUAACAUGUCGUGUUGAUAUGAAACAAAUUGAUAAAAAUCUUAUUUUAUCAAUAACAAAACAACUUUAUAUUGAAUUUCGACCAACUGUGGCUGAAAAACUUAAAAAAAUUUAUUCUGGUAUUAAUCGUACACGUACAAUAAUUAAUUGUACAGUUACACGUGCUAAUCCAACAUAUAUACAAUAUGCAAUCAAUGGUUUGUCAUCAUCUAUUAUUCAUCGAACGUAUGAAGAUCAAAAUAAUUUGCAUUAUACAUUUGAUAUAAUGCCAACAUCACUUGAACAUUUUGGUUCAUUUAAUAUAACAGCUAAUAAUAGUGUUGGUUUUGAUACAUGCACUUAUGAAUUAAUUCAUGGAGGUGUACCGGAUCCCAUAACUCAAUGUACAGUUGAUUCAUCAAAUGUAACUGUAACAAUAAGUUGUCAGAAAAGUUAUGCUCAGGGUGAUAAUGAGAAUUAUGCAUGUGUAUUAUAUAAAUAUAAUUAUAAAAAUAAACAAAGCCUAUUUGAAGAAAUAGCUCGAACAAAAUCUUGCAUAUUUGCAUUAGAAAAUUUUCAUGAACCUGUUGAAUUUCGUGUUACUGCAUUUAAUCGUUAUGGUCUAUUGUCACCGAAUACAUUUGGUUAUAUUAUUCAAUUAAAUCAACCAAAAGGACAAAAGAAAACAUCAUUUUUUAAUAAAAAAAUUCUUGUUAUUAUUGGUUGUAUAUUUGGUGGUGCAACUUUAUUCUUUUUUCUUUGUUGUCUUUGUGGUACAUGUCAUUUUGAUCGAACAAAACUUGAAAAUAGAAAUAAUCUUUAUCAAAAAGAUAAAUAUCCCCGCUCGUCGACCGAGAGCGAAGCAUUAAAAACAAUGAAUGACGAUACAAUUUCACAGUUAGUUCCAAAUGGUGGUGAUAAACAUCAUCAUCAGAAUGGAGCUGUUUAUGAUAUUCCUAUUCAUUUAAAUGGUAAAUAUUCUCAUAAAAUGUCUACUCCAACAUCUGUUUAUCAUCAACAAAAGUCUCAACAAUCAACUAAUCUUCAUUAUAUUGAUCAAGAUUCAAUAACAAGUAGUCUUAAUUCAAUACCUACACGAGCACGUACAUUUAAUAAUAAAUUUUAUGGUAACCCAUUAAUGAAUAAUAAAUAUGGACCAUUAUCACCAUCAAGUAUGAUUGUUCCCGGAAAAAAAGUAAAUUCUAAUAAUGAUGAAAUUAUUGAAAAUGAUGAAGAAGAAGAAGAUGAAUCACCAGUUUAUUCAACAACAACAGAUGUUAUGUCUGAAAGUGGUUCAUUUCUUGUUCCAACAUCAUCAACAAAACGUCGUGCACCACCUCCACCUAAACCACGUUAUUCAACAUUAAGUUCUGUUCGUUUACCACUUGAAAAUUCGGAUAAAGUUCCAUUACCAUUACCUAAACCCCGUUCACGUUCAAAUUCACGUACACGUUUAAAUAAUGGUAGUUCAGAUAACUCAUCAUAUUUAUAUGAAGAACGUCCUGUAUCAUCAUCAGAUUCUGGUAUAGGUCCAUCAGAUGUUGUUUGUUUACCUAAUGGUGAUACAAUACGUUCAGGUCUUGUUAAAUCAAGACAAAAUAGUCUACAAAAACAUUAUGCUCAUCCACCAUUUUUUCAGCAACAAACAAAAUGUGAAACAUUAACAUCGCCUAUUGUUCGUGGUACUGAAUGUUGA